UUUUGACAGUAGCGUGUUGCUGCACAGAGGAGACAAACAUGGGGAAAGAAGUUUACCGGUGCAUUGAAUGUAACGAAAAGGCAGCGGAGCUGCACAGGGAUUACAGAAACGGGAUCCUAAAGAUAACAAUAUGUGAGUCCUGCCAAAAACCUGUAGACAAGUACAUUGAAUACGACCCAGUUAUCAUCCUCAUUGAUGCCAUUCUGUGCAAGACACAAGCCUUCAGACACAUUCUGUUCAAUACCAGCUUAAAUAUCCACUGGAAGCUGUGUGUGUUCUGCCUGCUGUGUGAAGCGUACCUCCGCUGGUCCGUGCUGCACAGCUCCGAGCAGAGCAGCGACCCCGCCGACAUCAUCAGAUACACCAGGGAGUGGGAGUUCUACGCCAUGUUUGGAUUGGCUGCUCUUGAGCUGUCGGCGUUCUGCAGCGGCGUGCUGUGCUUCCUGUGGUUGUGGGCGGCUGCUCUGCAGCGCGGCACCGUGGAGCUCAGACUGCUGCUCAGGGCUCUGCUGCUCUCCUGCUACGGCAAAGUCCUCCUCAUCCCCGCCGUCAUCUGGGAGCACGACUACUCCCCGCUCUGCCUGGGCCUCAUCAAAGUCUUUGUGCUCACCUCAAACUCGCAGGCUAUCAGAGUGAUCCUGAACAGCAGCAGACGUCUGUCCCUGGCGGCCGUGUGUUUAGGCCUGUUGUCAGAAGCCUGCACCGCUCAGGCCUGCAGGACGCUUGCAUGGAGCAUCCAGGACAUGCCCACGUUUUAAUAAACAUCUGUGCACCAGACCAAAGACUGAUGAUUGUGACAUUACUGUUUAAGUGUUUUUCAGGGAUAUUUUAAUGAGGAUGUAAAUAAAAAGUCAAGAUUUAACAAGGAUUUUCUGGACAUGUCUCAUGAAUUAUUACCAAAGGUGGAAGGUAGACAAACAUCCCGUGAUCCCGGUUAUGGCUCAACACGAGACAGUCUCCAGGAAUGACACAAACAGACUCAGAGGUUGUACCGUAAUUUAAUUACUUCUCUGUCUGGACAGGACCCAGACAGCGCUCUGCACAUUCUUUAUCUUAGUGGUGAGAUGCCUACCAUAGCUGACGCAGGCUCCGUGUAAACACACCCCGGGAGCAAACUGUGAGGUUAAACAGGAGGGAGAGGGAACGUUUAAGGAAUUUCCUUUAUUUAUUACUAUUCUUAAAUCUUUCCGUGUGUAUGCCCGUUGAAGAAGUAAGCACAUCCUUUGGAAAUUGCUUU